UUUUCGACAUUUUUUGUCGUCUACACGGUCACACGGUCAUCGCACGUCAAAACCAUGUCGAUUUUUGAAAUCCCCGCCCCAAAAUACGUCUAAACGGUCGAAACAAAAAAUUCGACACCUUUGAACGUUGGCGUCGUCGCCGUGGCGACGUGACCUUACGACCUACAAUGCCCAUCUUCGAACUUGUCCGUACUUUUAAAAUUAGAAACACGAUGGCGAAAACCGCAUAUCGAAUUUCGAAUCCGUUCAAUAGUUAGAGCGCGAACGGACAGACAGACGGACGGACGGACAGACGGACAAGGCACAUCCAUAAUAGGGUUUCACCCUAUAAUAAUUAUAUGUAAUCAAAUAGUCAUUUUAUAAGGUAUUUGGCAUAAUCAACUUGGAUGAGUGUACUUGUGAAUAGCAUCAAGAUGCAUAAAUAAAGUAAUUAUACUCACAGAUAUACGAUUACUUGUGCAUCCCAGCAGAGCAGAAGUGCUUGCAAAAGAGCCCACCAACAUUUUAAGUAAUUGGGAAAACUGCAUAACUUAUUACUUAAGUUUUUACAUACAUAUAUAUCUCUCCGAAAUCAUUGUCGAUAGUAAUAUGAUCGAACGACACAUCUGCGUUUAAUUCUCUAAUAGCCAAGUUAGUAUCUAGUCAAAUUAUGUUCGUCAUGGCACAACUGUGAACUAUGUAUGUACGUACGUGCAAAUUUAGGCAAUGUAUCUUACAUUAUGUUUGGAUAUAUAUAUGUAUGUAGAUGUUGCCAUGAUGACAUGGUACAUGUGUAAGCGAGAUAUUGGUGAUAGAUACGUACAUGCAUAAGUACUGUGUUAAGGCUUCGUGGUGCUGCUGAGUUGUUGAAUCCCAUCAAAACCCAGAUCCAAUUCAUAAGUACGCCAUAUCUUGCAUUAGAUCUCACACAAACUCAGGCAAUCUUUUAGUUACAGCGAGAAUGAAAAACAUUAACAUAAAAUUUUAGAUAUGCACGCAUGCUUGUACUUAAUAUACAAUUACUAGUGUAGAAGCCCGUCAAUCGACGUGCAAAAUAGGCCCGUCGAUAAACCCGUUACCCAAACAUUACUGAAGUUAGCCCCUCUUGCUCUCUGCAGAGUGUAGAGAGGAAAGGAGAGCUCCAUAAAUACUGCAGCAGUUGUGACUCUACAAAGGCUGUUACUCAUGCAAAAAAUUCAUGUAACGUCAGGAAUGUUUGAUACAUGAUUUUUUGUUUUAUUUCCCGUCGGUUACAAAACGUCUAAUCAUUACCCAAAAAUAGUGCACCGUCAAAUCGUCACUCCGUGAGUGACGAUUUGUCUCCAGAUUAUUUAUAGUGUGUAGCAAAAAGAGAAUGGACUUCUGUGCAUACUUAUGUAGUAACACGGGAAAGGUUACAGUUUCAUGAAUUUAGUCAUUUGGAGGUAAUAAUCACCUUGUUUAAUCUGUGCUUCUGCGGUCAAUGUUUAUCAUGAUGUCAAACUACUACCUGUUUACAUACGGAUGAUGAACACGUGCCUGGCUGCAUUUACAUUUAUGUAUAGUAGGCAGAGUAGUUUGUAACUGCAGUUUCUCUACUCGUUUGACGUCAUUGGAGUGUGUAUUCUUGUUCGUAAAUAAGUAGUUGCAUACUGAGAAGAUACAUAGUUAGACAGACAUACAAACUCGCGUACACACAUUAUGCAUAUGUAUGUAGACCGGUACUUUUACAUACAUUUGACUCCAUUGAACCUGAAUUGCUUACGUGAGUUGGCCCCCGUUUUAUUUGCAUGAAAUUCUGCCUUUUAACCGGAUAUAAAACGAUGCAAGUCUUCAUUUCAUUUUGAUCAAGGCUACAAAUCCAUUUUGUGCACAGUUAAAGAAUCUUAGUCGAUUUUUUUAAAUUUCUUUAAAUAUUUUGUUACCAUGAAAACAAUAAUUUCAAUUCUUUCCGUAACCUUCAUCCUGCGGGAUCAUUUGUCUUCUUCGACCUUUGUCAAUCCCGACGUUUUUCUCAACUCUCGACUCACAAAGGGUUUAUGGGUGUCUGGGAAGGAUUCUCACUUUUCCCACGGGCUUCUCGAAGGCGGCUGGGUGUGGGGCAGGUCUGGGAAAUUGCAAGUGACGCACGUCUGUCGGGCCAAGUCGGGCGGGAGUUUGGACGAUGUGAGCAUCACCCCGGGAGAAUUGGUGAAUGGGACGUGUUAUAUUUCGAGAAAUCCGAAAUGGGCGACAGGGACGGGGGUGAGUGCGUUCAAGGAAGGGUAUGAAGUUCUGCUGAAGGCGGGGGAUGUGGAUUUUGACUGGGUAGAAUUUGACAAGGAUGAAGGCACAGUGGCUCAUGGGGCACUUACCGGGGGCAUUGGGUCACAUUAUGAGCCCGUCUUGGUUUGUCGCAAGUACUUUAACAAUACGGGGGGAAUCGUUCCCAAAACGAUGGCAGUCUUGGGAAACUUUUCCCCGAAAGAAGGAAAGUGUUUUUACGAAAUGGAAGUCAGAGCGGAUUUUCUAAAAUGGGAUGUUAGUUUUGCAACGGAAAAAUUUGAGCUGCUUGUGUUGAAGCCCAGAGGAAAGCAACAAUGUGCUGAUGAAUCAAGCAGUAAACGAUCCAAAAGUUCGUAGUUGAACCACUUAUUUAUUUAUAUCAAGUUAUCAAAUUAGCUUAGUUUAUUUACACAUUUUUAAUGUAAGCCUGAAGGUAAAACUUGUAUGUAAUUUAUUGCAAUUAAUUACAUAAUUAAUAAUAAUAAUAAUGUGUUCUUAUUGCCUUUCGAGGCCUUGUGCCCAUAAAGCACAAAUUUUACAUAAUGUGAUUUAUAGAUUACUUAAUUAAAGUAAUUAAUAAAUUAAGUACGUAUGAACCUAAGUACGUAUGAACGUAA